ACGCACCAUACGUGGGAUUUGCCAGCACUGCACACCCAGCCGCACCCCAAGAAAGAAAGAAACCCAGCGAGGAGGAGGAGCAACAGCAACGACACUGCCAGUUGCCACCGGAACCGGAGCGUCCUCCCCUCCCCGCCUCUCUCCCUCCCGGAAUAUACCUCCUCCGAGCCAACCCAGCCUCCCGCGCUCCCUCCUUGCCUCCGGCCAUGGCGUCGUCGGCGGAGGAGGAGGGCCGUGCGCCGACCAAGUACGUGCUGAUUACCGGCGGCGUCGUCAGCGGCCUCGGCAAGGGCGUCACCGCCAGCAGCGUCGGCGUCGUCCUCAAGUCCUGUGGCCUGCGCGUCACCUGCAUCAAGAUCGACCCAUACUUAAACACAGAUGCUGGUACUAUGUCUCCCUUUGAGCAUGGUGAGGUGUUUGUGCUUGAUGAUGGUGGAGAGGUGGACCUGGAUUUAGGGAAUUAUGAGCGUUUCUUGGAUGUUACUCUUACGAGGGAAAAUAACAUUACCACUGGGAAGAUAUAUCAGUCUGUCAUUGAGAAGGAGAGGAAGGGUGAUUAUCUUGGAAAGACGGUCCAGGUUGUUCCUCAUGUAACUGAUGAAAUAAAACAAUGGAUACAAUCAGUAUCCUCUGUUCCUGUGGAUGGGCAGACUCGUCCAGCUGAUGUUUGUGUUAUCGAAUUGGGCGGCACUGUAGGUGAUAUUGAAUCAAUGCCAUUCAUUGAAGCUCUACGUCAGUUGUCAUUUUCUCUUGGUAAGGACAAUUUCUGCCUCAUACAUGUGAGCCUUGUUCCAGUAUUGGGUGUAGUUGGUGAGCAAAAAACUAAGCCAACACAACACAGUGUACGAGAACUAAGGGCCUUGGGUCUUACUCCUGAUCUUCUAGCGUGCCGAUCAGCACAGCCACUAAUAGGAUCCGCGAAGGAGAAGCUUUCACAAUUUUGUCAUGUACCGGUUGAGAACAUACUUAACAUCCAUGAUGUUCCAAAUAUAUGGCAUGUUCCCCUUAUUCUUAGAAACCAAAAGGCUCACGAGGCUAUAAUCAAACAACUAAACCUUUCCAGGUCUGCUGCCCCCCCUGAAUUACGAGAUUGGACGCUGAUGGCCGAGUCAUAUGAUAACCUCAGUACCUCUGUUAGCAUUGUUCUACAAGUCCUCUCUUUAUUGAUUGCAUGCUGCAAAAUCAAAUUUACUGAAUAUGGAUCCAUGCAGGUUAAAAUUGCUUUGGUUGGGAAGUACACUAAUCUGUCAGAUUCUUACUUAUCAGUGGUGAAGGCUCUCCUACAUGCCAGUGUUGCAUGUUCACAGAAACCUUCUAUCCAGUGGGUUUCAGCUUCAGAUCUUGAAGAUGCAGCUGCUGCAAGUGCACCAGAUGCUCAUGCUAAAGCUUGGGAAACUCUUAAGGGUUCCUCGUGCAUUUUGAUACCUGGAGGAUUCGGAGAUCGUGGAAUAUCUGGGAUGAUAUUGGCUGCAAAAUAUGCUCGUGAGAAUAAAGUACCAUAUCUUGGCAUAUGCUUGGGAAUGCAGAUAUCGGUGAUUGAGAUGUCCAGACAUGUUUUGGGCCUGGGAAAUGCAGACAGUGAAGAGUUCAACACAGACACACCAGAUCGUGUUGUUAUGUACAUGCCUGAGGUAUCAAAAACACACAUGGGAAACACGAUGAGGUUGGGUUGCCGUCGAACGUUCUUCCGUAAACCAGAUUGUCUGACAUCGAAACUGUAUGGAAAUCCUCCACAUGUAGAUGAGCGCCAUCGUCACAGAUACGAGGUCAAUCCUAGCUUUGUUCCAAUGCUUGAGAAUGCAGGACUUCAGUUUGUUGGUUGUGAUGAAAGUGGAAACAGGAUGGAGAUUGUAGAGCUACAAGAUCACCCAUUUUACAUAGGUGUUCAGUUCCAUCCAGAAUUCAAGUCGAGGCCUCGAAAACCCUCGCCUCCAUUUACAGGUCUGAUACUGGCAGCGACUGAACGCAUGCGAACACUUACAAAUGUCUCCAAUGGUGACGCUGGAGCUUCUGAGUAGUGUCAUUUGCACACCGUCAGAUGGAUAUCGCCCAAUGUGUGUGCAGUUCAAGCAUCUGCUUGUCGUCAAAGCAGUUUGCAUCAUGUAGUCAUGUACCAGAAAUGUACCUAAGCUGAGAGAUACGUUCUGUUUUCCGUGGGGAGUGGCUUAACCGAUCAUCAUACAAUGGGGUCGUAAUUUCGUUGGCACUUGUCGAUGGCCAUGCCAAGGCACUUGUUGACAUCAUUUGAGGUACAACCUGUGUAUCAGUCUGAGAUGAUCAUGUAAAGAGUUCUUUGACAUGCCCCCUCUUUAUUACCAUGGUAAAUAUGGCAUGCUGCAAUGCGAAACCCUGGUGAAAUAAGUACCCUUUUAGAAGAAAAAAAUGCUAUAUAUUUUUCUUUCUUUUUCGGAACA